AUGCUUAGCAGAGUAGGAACAGUAGCAGUAACGGUCUCUGCAUCUCUCUUUAAUCCCCCUCAUAAUUCCUCUCAAUUUCUGUGCGUGCUCAACAGCAAGAAGAGUAGUAGUAUCAGCAAAUCCUUGGUUUCAAACCCUUUGUAUGGCUUCCUGAAGAAGAAGAAGAAGAAGAAGAGGAAUUUUAAUACUUGCAGAAUGGAGUCCUCUUCGAAUUUCGUUGCCCGUGCCUCCGCCCAACCACUCAAGAAUGCUGACCAACUCAUCGAUUCCGUCGAGACUUUUAUCUUCGAUUGCGAUGGAGUUAUAUGGAAAGGGGAUAAACUGAUAGAUGGGGUCCCUGAAACUCUUGAUAUGCUUCGGACAAAGAGAGUAGUCUUUGUUACCAACAACCCUAGGAAACAGUAUGGGAAAAAGUUUGAAACACUUGGUCUUAAUGUCUGUGAGGAAGAAAUUUUUGCAUCAUCUUUUGCUGCUGCAGCAUAUUUGAAGUCCAUUGACUUCCCGAAAGAUAAAAAGGUUUAUGUGAUUGGUGAGGAUGGCAUCUUGAAGGAGCUUGAGCUUGCUGGUUUUCAGUACCUUGGUGGGCCAGAAGAUGGUGGGAAAAAGAUUGAGCUAAAGCCUGGAUUCUUGAUGGAGCAUGAUCAUAAUGUUGGAGCUGUUGUGGUUGGAUUUGAUCGUUACUUCAACUACUAUAAAGUUCAGUAUGGUACACUAUGCAUACGCGAAAAUCCAGGGUGUCUAUUCAUAGCUACGAAUCGUGAUGCUGUCACUCAUCUUACAGAUGCUCAAGAAUGGGCAGGUGGUGGUUCUAUGGUUGGUGCACUCUGUGGAUCUACUCAACGAGAACCACUGGUUGUAGGAAAGCCUUCAACUUUUAUGAUGGACUACUUAGCAAACAAAUUUGGCAUUCAAAAGUCACAGAUAUGCAUGGUUGGUGAUAGAUUGGAUACAGAUAUUCUUUUUGGACAAAAUGGUGGUUGCAAAACCCUUCUUGUUCUCUCAGGUGUGACUUCUUUGUCAAUGCUUCAAAAUCCUAACAAUUCCAUUCAGCCAGACUUCUACACCAACAAGAUUUCAGAUUUUCUCUCUCUUAAAGCUGCUACUGUCUAAGGACACGGCAUCACGAUUUUGCAUGUAUCCCAUUACCCUAAGUGAACAGAAAUGCAAUUCUGAUGUCUAAUUGUUUUCUCUGCUAUUUAAGAAAUUAGCUCUAGGAGGUCAUAUAAAGUGAUAUGAUUCAAGUCUGCUGUAAUGGGUUAAACACACAAGAAAAAAAAAUCUGGUGGCCAUGAUAUGUUGGACAUUUUUAUACCUUGACUUCUUGUUUAGUUGCUGAGAAGAUGUAAGUAUUGAAAUGUGAAAUUACACAAGUAUUUGUGUGGAAUUUUGUUUCUUUUCA